AUGUCAUCACAAUCUGGAGGGUCGUCCGCGGGUGAUACCUCUGGCUCUUCAUUUGGCUCUAUAGAUACUGUCCUGCUCACAGCUGACAGGCGCGAGAGUCAGCUAGAUGUGUCAGCAAUUCAGCGACAGUCAUUAUUUAUCGAGAACAUAGAUGAAAAUAAGAGCAGUCUGACGUUUGGUGAGGCGAACACUAGCUCUAGUAAAAUCUCAUCCUAUGAGAAAUUAUCAGAAAAUAAUGGGAGAUCUGAAAGAUUGUAUCCAGUAUACGUUGAUGAUUCUAAACAUUCUGCAAGUAGUUCAAAUGGGGUCACGUCAACACCAAGCCCGCCAUCAAAGAGUAAUAUUCUGAAGGAAAAUAUCUCUGAAAAACAAGAUGACCUGGAUGAACAAGAUGGACGAGAUGACGAUUUUAUUUCGGCCAAGAGUCAAUAUUCAAUUGAUGAAGACGAUAUCCAUGUUCCUGGCUACACAGUGGGCGAGAACAAAUCAAUCAACAUAAGCCCCGGAAGGGCAUUAAGAGAUUUUAAUGUACGACAGAAUAGAGAUAGUAUUAUUACUGUAUCAACGUCCGUGUUAUUAGACUCGGCACAAGAUAAUAUUCUAAAUACACCCGGAUCUGGAAGUAUUCAUCCUAGUGAAUUCGACCCACGGGAGAGUGCCUUACUAGAGACACUAUCACCACGAGGCAGAAUACGACAUAAUUCUCAGAGUCAUGAUAAAAUUAUGGACAAUAACAACGAUACAAAUCUUAUGGAAAAAAUAAAAUCAAGAAGGGAAGAAAACUCAGCAAAUUUCGAGAGGGAAAUAAAAUUAUUGGAAGAAGAAGUAUCGAAACCCAGCUAUGUCAACAAGACUAGUGGGAAUGUUCCAAAAGUAGGAACAAUCGAUGAACUACAGCGUUUUGCUCAGGAAGAAAGAGGUAGACCACCUUUAGAACAUUUCAAAACGGAAUCUGAGUUUGUGCCUCUAGAGUUUAAUUUAUCUAGACGGAACUCUCAAACGACUUCUUCAUUUAAUGGCUCUCCUUCAAUUAAUACAUUUCUAUCAAGAAAAUCAUCCCCAGAAAAUAAACUUGCAAUACCACAGAGUCCCUCCCUCAUAAGCAAGAUAUUAGUUCCAUCACCAGUAAAUAGCAACCGAUUCAAUGACAGAAAUAUAAGUGGGAGCAGUGGAAGUAGCGGAAGCAGCUCCAGAUAUAGAACCACAUCCAACAACUCUCAACAAUCGUUAAUAAGACAGAGAAGGAAUGGAGAUUACGUAGCAAUACCAGUACUACGAACUGUCUCCGGAUCAGGCCAAUGGAGAGCAGGUUCAGAAUCAAAUUCAUCCUUGCGCGAUUACACACCAACUAGACAAAGAUUUGAGAAAUUCAGACUGGAAACUCCAGAAUCGCUAGUACUCCCCGAUAUUGAGCCGCACCGCCAAAGUGAUAUUCCCGAAGAAAUGCCAUAUCAUGACGAAGAAGAUAACGAUAGAGACAAUGAAAGCGUUCACGUCAAACAAUUGGUUGAGCCUGGUACCAUGGAAUUGUUGGAACCAGAAGAAGCAUACUAUAAUUCGAGGGACUCACCAAGGGACAAUAUAAAAAUAAGCGGCAACGUUCAACCUCUAUACUCUAAUAAAGCUGUUGCCAUGCCACAUGAGGAAGAUGAUAAACAAACCUACGGCAGAAUUUCCAGUAUGGAAGAUCAUGUGGAUGUAGAGGCGUUUGGUGACAUGAUAAGAAUUAGACACGAUGACGGUGAGGUAAGUACAGUGCAAAGUAUCAACUCUCAUGAUUAUGCAUUUUCUGACCUGUACAGCAUAAAAAGAAUCAUUAUCGUUAUGACUUUGUGUUUUGUUUCACCGCCACUUUUCUUUCUCAUGGGAGUAGGCUAUAAGAGGGCGAACUAUCAGCGUUAUCUGGUGUCUGAUUACAAGCUAAUGAGGAUGCUAAUGAACCCAGAUUACAGACAAGGUCUGCUGAAAGGCUUCGUCUGGGAAGUAGACUUGACAUGGUUUAGACGCUUGUGUUUAGUGCUGGGCACUAUAGAGAUGCUAUGCGCGUUCGCUGGUAUCGGUAUCGGAUUUGGUGUCGGGCUUACGAGGUAA